AGUCAUUCCUUCUGUGCGAAGAAACACAACAAAAAGAAGAAUAUGAUGGUUGGAUAUUUGGCUGGAUGUAUUGGCAUCAUGUUGGUGCUUCAAUUGUCAAUUGUCAAUUGUCAACUAGUGCCAAGUGAACGACACAAUCAGAAGAUAGCUGAACAGAUCAAUGAUUACAAUAAUGAUCCACAUAUCAUCAAGGCCGAGAUUUCUGCACCGGAUGUCGUUGUCAACAAGUAUACACUUCAGGAUAAGAACAUUUCUGCCGCUCUUAAGAAACAUGUUGCGGAAGCGGCGGCACACUUUGCAACAAUGACUGACGCUGACCGUGACGCCGCAGUUGUCCAACUACCAAAUGCAAAUCAUACUGGAAAUGGAGGAGGAGGAAAAGGAAAACGAUCAUCUGGCAUGAAAAUCGAUGUGGAAGGAACAAAGAAUCUGCAUAAGCAGGCGCUGGAAUUUCUCGACAAGUAUGAUGUUGAACUCCACGUGGAGUAGUCAUGGUCAAUGACGUCACUUGUUCGGAGUUAAUCUGUAUGCUUGUGUGUUGAUAUGAAGGUUUUUGUAUUUUUUUAUUAAAGAAUGAAGAGGUUGAAAGGACUUU